AUGCCUCGGGUGUCGCUCCGUAGCAAGAAAGAUGCGUCUCACCACGACUCGCCUUCCGCCCCCCAGGAGGCGACAGGCGUUCACUCCGGACUGCUUUCCUCCGCUUCUUUCUCUUCGUCCUCUCUGAUUCUGUCAGCCGGCUCCUCUCCAGCGCGUCUCUUCCCCCCCAGGCAAGGCACGAGACUGGCGCGCGGAGCGCCAGCGCCUGAGAAGUUUGCAGAGGGCGGCGGGGAAGACGCGACUGUGGCUUCGCAAUCCGCGCACGCACUCUUCGUCUCCUCCAGUCACAAAAGCUCUUCUUCUCUUCUGUCGUCUUCCCUGUCUGGCGCCUUUUCGAGGCUUCCUUCCGCGGAACCGGCUGCGCGGCCGCCCUCUCCCGUCGCGUCGUCUUCAUCUUCUUCCUUCGUGUCCUCGCUUUCUCGCAGGCGGCACCAUCGGCUCGCCGUCUCUCCGUGCUCGCCCUCGCGGAGUGGUCUCUUCGCGUCGCCUCUCCACGGCAGCCGCAGCGUGUGCGGCUCGCCUCUCUCUUCUCCGCUGUCGGCAGGAAACCUCCCCAGAGGACGCGCGGGCGCGAGGGGGGAGCCCCGAAGGAGGACGGUGGAGGCAGCGGCGAGGAGUUCGCCCGCGGAGAAGAGAGGUCACGCGUCUCUUCCGUCUUCGCCGGUGCUCGCAGCCUCCUCUUCCUCCGGUCUUUUUCCUUCGCCCCUGCCGCAGGAGGACGAAAAACGCCUCGCAGUGUCGCCGUCUCUCCCUCCGCGAUGGUGGCCUGGCGGCCGCAGGUCGAGCGACACGAAUGCCGUGACCCCAGUUGGCGCAGAAGGAGGUCUCUCAUCUCUCUCGACUGUGUUUACCUGCUCGUCGCUGCUGUCCGCGCCACCCUUCUCGUCUCUCUGCCUUGCGUCUUCCUCUGCGAGUGCGUACCGGACGCCGCGGCUGGGCGAGGGAGAGGAGGAGCUCGGCAAGGAGGCGCGCCCGCCCUCGGGGUUGCCGGCGCGGCGCGGAGAGGACAGCUACCAGCCCUCGAUGCGGCAGCUGCAACGGAUGGGAGAGAGCCUGAGCCGAAAGCGACUCGCAGUCUCCUCUCCGGAGAGCGUCGCGAGCGCGGCGGCGCGGCUGCAAGUGGAGAAGAUCUCUGAGUUCUCCUUGGCGCCGUCGAUGCUGUUCCCGGCGCUUGAUCGCUCAGGCGACGCACCGGCUGCAGGCGCAGACAAGCCCGAACGCCGACGGGCGAUUGGGCACCUCCUCCUCUCCGCCUCGCUCGUCUUCGCCGACAGAGCGCGCGUCGACGACGUGAGCCACGUCGGGCGAGCUGCGGACAUUGUCGUGGGCGCCGAGGAGACGCGAGAGACUCCCAAGGCGGGCUGCCAAUCCCCCCGGGUCGCGCCUGUUGUGUUGCCUCGAUGCGUUGACGCAGACCGCGAAGCGAGGGGGGAGGCAGAACGCGGAGGCCAGCGCGAUACGCUCAGGCGGAAGGCGGAGCGGCGCGCCAGCUCCGGGAACGGCGCCGCGGCAUCGAGUGGAGAGCGCCGCAUCUCGCGAGAUGAGGAGGCGGGCCUUCAAGCGCCGCCGCCAUUAGAACGUCGGGGGAAGAAAGACAAAGGCGAACAACAGGAGGAGAGGCUGCAGGACGCAAGAGACUGCUUCGAUGCAGUGACGGAGCUGUGGGAGCAGGGUUUGCUCUCGCCGAAGGCGCCCAGAGAUCGCUCGCUCGGCUACGCGUCUUCGCACGGCACCAGCCCCAGGAAGUCCUCGUUGCGGAGUUUUCCGGCUGCGUGUCCGCCGGUCGCAGCGAAGGCAGCCUCUUCGCUGCAGGUUGAAGAAAAUAUUUGUCCGUCUCGCGGAGUGGACGCGAAUGAAGGGGCGGCGCAGGGAGAGACAGGGGCCUCGGGCGAAGGCCCGAAGAGGUUGCAAAGGCAUGAACAAGAGGAAGUCUACAUCGUGGACACGCAUGCGCUGAAAUCCAUGGCGCCCUUUUGUUCAGACGAAUGCCAGGUCCUCACGCGCGCACAGAGACGUCGCAGCUCGCUCACAGUUUUGGAUCUUCUGCGCGAGCAACACAAAACGAGCCCUGCGUCGUCGCUGCCUUCCUUCCCUUUUCCCUCCCCGCCGCUGUCGUCCUCUCUUUCCUCUCAGUCUUCCCUCUCUUCGUCCUCCACGGCGCCGUCAUCCGCCUCUCUCCCUUCCGCGCGAGGGAGACGCAGGAGCAGGAGCGUCAGCGACAUCUCCGAGGAGGGCGCAGGUCGAGCUGACCGCGAGGGAAGGGAGCGGAAACGCGCGGCGAAGUCAGGCGACGGCCUCUCGAGUGAUAAAGAGCGCGGGAAAGAGUCAGCUGUGAACAGGAGAAAGAGGCUGUCAAACGACCCCCAAGUCGAGACAGGAGAGAACGCGGUGGGGAGGCGGUGGGCACGCGAGACCGGCCGGGAGCUCGGAGCUCAAGUUGGGGAACAGGAGAAGCAGGAAGACACUGCCACCUGCGUCGCCCUGCAGAGCAAGCGCGGCGGCUUAGGUGGUGCAGCGCCUUCAAAGACGCCGAGUUCUCUCGCGCUGGGGGAUUCCGCCGCCUCGACAUCGAGUCUCUCGACGCGAGAGAGACGAGAGUCCUCGAGGCGUCCCGCGCCGCUUUCCUCUGCUGCUUGCUCGGCCUCCUUCCUGUUCCGUCAAAAUUCGUCGGACUGGUCUUCUCCGCAGCGGUCGCCUUGCUCGUCGUUUCCGCUUUCCUCGCCUUCGCGUCUGGGAUCCACCGUCGCGGCUGCGUCGCCGCCGCGCUCCGCUCCCUCCGCGACCUGCGGAUGGCGCCUCCCGCUCUCUGAGCUGAUGUCACCCUCUUCGCCUCCGUGCGUCCACGAACCCAUCCGCUCGCCCUGUCCCGUCCUCUCCCCUCCGCCGUCGCUCUCCGCGUGCCACUCGCCGUCCUCGGCGUGUCUGCCGUCGCCCGCGCCACCCGCCCAAGAGACGGCAGCAGCCUGCGAGCCUUGCGCAGCAGCGGGUCAGCACUCGCUUCGCCGCUCGCCGCGACUCUGCGCCUCUUCUCUCUCCGCGGCCGCAGCCUUUUCUGCGAAGGCCCGCAGCGUCUCGGAGGCGUCGUCGCCGAGGCGCGCAGCCAGGCUCGAGAAGGAAGGCAACAGGGAUGACGCAGCGGCGACUGCCUCGGAUGAGGUUCCCCCGGAGCGGCAGGCGAGAGACGGGGGCGGCGGCAAGCAGCUCGCCAGAACCGGGGGGCGUGGCUUCGAGAGAAAGAAGAAAGACUGUGACGCCGCAGCCAAGGACGGCAAAGAAAAUGACGGCCGCGGAAGGGGAAUCGAGCCCCCCUGCGCGGACUCUGUGUCCUCGUGUGCCUCGUUCGUGACUGCGGUCUCGCGGUCGCCGGAGCCCGCCGUCGGCGGACGCGCGGCUGCAGGCGACGCUCCGCGGGACGACGCGAAGAAGCCGCGAGCGCCGCGCCCGCCCUUCACGCGAUCUGCCCUGCCGCCUUCGCCGGCGCCACAUGCGCGCGGCGCGCCGAAGCGAAGAGCGGUGAAGGCCCCUCCGCUUGCCGCGGCUGCGACUGCGCCCGCGCUCGCGCGAGGACCCUCGACGCCCCUUGCAGAGCGCCGGAAGCGCGCGCGCCCGUCAGCCGCCGCUGUCUCCGUCUGCGGUGGGAAGUUCGUCUCGAAAGCUGGGGGGAAGCAAGCGAGAGUCUCGGGGGCGGAGAGAGUGACGCCUGGCUGCUCCACGGCUGCGGCGGAGACCAGAGCUGCGAAGAAAGGCGACAAGCGGGUGCCCGCGCCGCGGGUCGUUUGCAUGUCGCCGGUAAGAGCCGAGGCCAACAAGCUCAGGAAACCCGAGGUCUGCAGCGCGCACGCGCGUGAGAAGAAGACGGCCGCGCGCGGGGCUGCGCAGGGGCGGUGCCUCUCCCAGGAGGGCGCCGCCUCGUCUCUGGGCGCGGCCGCGUCGCAUCUCGCGAAGAGCCCGAAGAAGGAACGCGAGAGGGGAGAGCCAGACCCUGUUUCCGCGGCGGCAGAAAGUGAGAAGUGUGUGAAGCAAGCGUCUUCGGGGGUGGGUCGCUGCAAGAGGGACAGCGACGAGAAGGCGGCGAAGGCAGAGGAAGACACUUCAGAGUCUGCAGGAGUCAGUCGCUUCUUCGCCGAGAGAAGGAAGAUGGAGGCCGAAGAAGAGAAGAGGCGCCGCAUGCAGGGCGACGCGUCCCUCUCGCUGGGCGUGUCUGUCUCCGACUCUGUCUCCCUGGAGGACGGUGCGGCGCAGGCGGGAUCGACGCGCGGCGCUCCUCGCGAGGAGCUUCCCCCCUUGAGUCCGGUGAUUUCUCCCUCGUCAUCGGUGGGACGGCGCGCGUCUUCCUCUGAGGCCUCAUCGGAUCGGCACGCGUCCUCAGGUCUUCUCCACGCGGAAUUUUCCCCCGCGUGCGCGUCUUCGCCGCUCUCGCACCUCUCUCCGGGUCGCCGGCGCGCGUCUUCUUCGGAUGCGUCAGACGCGCGGUCGCUGAGCGCGCACAGCAGCUUCCAGUCGCAUGCAGCCGCGACGAGUCCGCCGGGCAGCCUCGGUCUCCAACCGGCGGGUCAGGUGCCCUCCGAGCCGCAGGAGGCCCUCGGGCGCCCGUCGCUCGCCGGCGCCGACCAGGUCGCGGAGUGGGCGAGGAGACAAGAGGAAGAAGAGGAGCGACACGAGCGGGACCUCCAGCGCGCCCUCGACGACGAGAUGGAGGAACAGGUCGAGCAGCUGCGCCACGGCCUCAAAAAAGAGGGCGUCUACAGGCCGACGGACGCCACCGCGAGGCGUCUGCUGGAUCGCAAGCGCUCCAGGGAGGAGGAGGAAGAAGAAAGGGCGACAAAGGCGCGGAGAGCAGACCUCUCCAUGGAUACCCCCAGCUUCCUCGCCCUCGACCCCUUCCUCGUCGACGAGAUGGACGAGCGGCUGCUCACAACGCAGCAACUGAGGACGUACCUCUCGACGAUAAUCACCGGAGACCUGCGAGGCAAGUCGCGGGAUGCGCUGCUCUACAUGGCGAAGGCUUGGAGUCUGCAAACGCACACCUCCACAGGCGUUCCGAGUUCGCGCAUGAACUUCGCCAACGUCGAUGAGCGCUUCGUUCCGCAGGCCGCGCGCAGGCUCCACGGGAAAGUGCUACCGCAGGAGCGCCGCCGUCAGUCUAUCUUGCGCUGCAGCACCAGCUCCGCGCCCGACGCAUCCCGACGAGGAUGUUCGAGUGGCGACAACGGGGACGGUUCGAAUAGAGGGGAGAGUGGGCAGACCGGUGACAAGCGCGACAAGAAAUGCAGACGCAGGAUCUCCUUCUCGCCCUUCAACAAGGUGCAGCUGUAUACCUUGGACGAGACCGAGCGGCAGAGCAAAGAGGAGGCGGCGCAGAGGUCUUUUCAAAACGAGCAGCAGCAGUUCCUCAUGCUCCUGGAGCGCCAAAAGGAGAUGGAAGCUUCUGCUGUUGCCGCAGAUGCUUCGCCGUGGCUCGCCUUCUCCUCUCCCCCCACGUCCGUCGCGUAUGGCGAUGACGACGCGUCCGCGCGCCCAGCGAGUGCGCAACACGAGUCUGCGGAUGAUGGGGAGGAAGACGAGGCUGGCGACCUCCUGAGAGAGGGAGAGGGAUGCGAAGAUCCCGAGUCCGCGGUGAACGACCCUUCCGGCGCCGUGUUCGCCACGCCGCCAGCUCUGUCUGUCGCGGCGCCGCAGAAUCCCACCUCCAUACGGCCUGUGUCCGCUACGCACGGCUCGUCGUCCUCGCUCGCUUUCUUGUCAUCUCUGUCUCCCGCGGCGACCUCGCCCUUCAGCUCGCCGCGGGUGGCGGCGGCUGCGGGCGCGCUGGGAUCUGCGCCUGCGGCGUCUUCUCCGUUCGGCUCGGCGGCGCGCGGGGGGCGGGACUUGCAAGAGCGCGAGUCACGCCAGGGGGAGGAUGCGUUGUUUCCAGAUGCGCUGCAGAGCAAGUUCUCCUUCACGACCUCGCCCUCUUUCAAGCUGCUCCACGGCGGAGGGCUGCCCUCGGCUGCGGCGCAUGCGCGCCGAGCCUCUCCCUUCGUGUGCACCUCGUCAGCGGCCGCAGGAGGGAUCGAGAAGCGCAGCAAGAAGCCUGUGUCCGUCUCGUCGAGCGGAGGCAGAGGCCACUACAAGGCGUUCAUGGAUACGCACUUCCGUGAGACCGGCGCGGGAUCGCGGAGCGCGCGCGCAGAGAUGGAGUCGCCGUUCGCGCGCGUGGGUGGCGCAGCGACAGGCUCGGGGUGCGCGGAAAGGGCGCCUCGCUACUCUGAGGAGGGUGGCGAGAACUGCAAAAACAUGAAGCCGAACACUUCGCCUCUCUCUGCGCGGAUGCUGGGCGGCGACGGCGACGAGGCGCGCCUCUGGAGACCAAAGGCAGGGCCUGAGUGGCGCGAGGCGGGGGUCGGCGAAGGCGGGUUCGGGGCUCUGGUUGUCGCGGACAAGGAAGUCGCUGGACAGGCCGUCGCAUUCUGCGCGCCGGAAAAGACGGCGGAGGCCUUCCUCCCCCGGAGAGAAAACGCGUCGCCCGUGCAGUUCUACAUCAGUCCGUUGGGACAGCGAGUGUACAGACGGAGCUCGCUCGUCGCACCCGCCACCGUGACAGGAUUUCCUGGAUUCUAG